GAGUGUUCUGUGCUCUUUCAGGGAUUCUGCGAGGAUUACUUAGACUGUAUGCAACGACUUGAAGCUAAACAAAAUGAAUGCUUAUUGAUGGAACGAAAUAUUCAAAUGAGCAGCACCGAUAUCUGCACACGCAAGAAAUGGGAUAUCAAAAUGGCAUUGAAUGGUCUUCAUUUACGGAGGUCCGAAUUGGCUCGAGAUUGUGUGCAAAAGAACAUCAAAGAUGCGACAGUAUCGGAGUCGAUAUUGGAUCCUGAAGAGCUGAAAACGUGCCGAUUGAUCCACGCCAAAUUCCCGUCCGCCAUCGGCAACAAACGAAAAAAACGCUCAUCGAAGGCCCUUAACACUUCUUUUACAAUAAUUAUAUCUUUACAGGUUCUGAGCUGUCGAACAGACACGAAGCUUUGGCACAAACAAUGUUCUGAUCUUGCUAAAUGCUGUCCACUAACCGAGGAUUGUAAAGUGAGCUUUAAAGAAGUUAUGGAGCAGAUUCACAAUGAGCGUCUGAAGCUCCGAGAGCUGAUCACACACUGCGACUAG